CUGUGUUUCUGUCUCUGUGCAGGGCAUCGUCAAAAGCUCGAGGACCCACCCAAAACGAGCCUGUUCUCAGAUCGCCUUAGUGAGCUCGAGAGGAUGAGGGUGAGGGUCACAGUUCCCACUCAAGCCCCCCGGCCAACUCUCAACACAGUGGCCAACUCCUUCAACCCACAGGGUCAGUCACAGAUCACAGACCCUCGUCAGCCCCAGUCCUCUCCUCCCUGGUCUUACGAACAGACGUAUCCGUCCUACCUGAGUCCCAUGGCGUCCCCCUCAGUCCACUCCACCACCCCCCUGUCCUCCAGCCGAGGCACGGGCCUGCCUGCCAUCAGUGACGUGCCUCGACGAUUGCCAGGCUCGUCUGACCUGAGCCCCUUCCCUGGCCAGUUUGAGCGCCAGUUCUCCAGCCUGUCCUCGCUCACCGAGAGCCGCUUCUCCAACCCCCGCAUGCACUACCCGGCCACCUUCACCUACACCCCUCCGGUCACCUCGGCCAUGUCGCUGGGCAGCGCUCACUACCACACCUACCUUCCCCCUCCGUACCCGGGCUCCACCCAGAGCCAGAGCGGACCCUUCCAGACCAGCAGCACGCCCUAUCUCUACUACGGCGCCUCCUCCAACUCCUACCAGUUCUCCAUGGUUCCCGGUGGGGACCGCUCGCCGUCCCGGAUGAUCCCGCCUUGCACUAGUGCCUCCACAGGCACCUCCCUGGUGAACCCUAACCUACCCAGCCAGACAGAGGGAGGGGUGGAUGGUGAUGGGAGCCACAGUAAUUCCCCUACUGUUCUCAACCCCGGAGGCCGCAUGGAUGAAGCCGUCUGGAGGCCGUAUUAA